CUUACAAUCUCAGCUAGACCAUUACCCUCUUCUUUUCAUAGUGGUAACCCCACCCUUCCACCUAAUGAAACCUUCAUCAGCAAGAUCUCAGCGUCGACAACCUGAGGUUCGUUUGCUUGUGAAGCCGCUUGUAAGGGUGCCAGAAUCAGUUGAGACAUAUGGGACUGCCAGUUCUCUGCCUAACAUGGAAAAAGAACAGCCACUUGAUGAAACUAAUGAUGGGACUCAAACAAUGAAACACCCUCGAUGGACCAGAGAGGAGACAAUUGUUCUCAUACAAGGCAAGAAUGCUAUAGAAGAGAACCUACUGCGAGAAGGUCAACAACAAGGGCAGAACGAACCGAAGUGGUAUUUAGUCUCAUUAUAUUGCAAACAGCAUGGCGUUGACAGAGAGGCCGUUCAGUGCAGAAAAAGAUGGAAUACUCUUAUUGGUGAAUACAAGAAAAUUAAAACUUGGGAGUCACAGAUAAGGGAGGGGGCUGAUUCAUUUUGGGUGAUGAGGGCUAAAUUGAAGAGAGAGAGAAAACUACCUAAUUCAUUUGAUAAGGAAGUAUAUGAUGCCUUUGAAGGAAAAAGGUCUGCCGUGGCAGCAAUUCCAUUGGCAACAGAAAUGGGUAGUGAUAUUGCAAACGAAGCAACAGGAUGGGAAGAAGAGACUGGUGAUGAUAAUGCAAAGGAAGCAACAGCAAUGGAAGAAGAGACUGGGGAUGAAGUUGCUGAAGCAGUUUUUGAUUGUGGACACUCACACGCUAUAGCAGAAGAGGGUUUAUUCUCUAAUUAUGAGCAGCCUGGGCAGGAAGACAUCGUGCAGGGAUUUGAGAAGGAAAAUAUUGAAACAAGCGGGAUAACUACAAAGACAGUUAACGGUCUGUCACCUAAUUCAGAACUUGAAGCAUAUAGAAUAUUCCUUCUAUUCUUCUGCUUCUAUGCUGCAGAUAAGGUGAAAGGAAAAAAUCCAGCCUCAAGUGAAUGGACAGGGUCUAUGACCGAGGACGGUUUGAAGCAUGGGUGGUCAUCACUAGAUGGAUGUGUAGAUGCAAAGCUAGACCAGUUGAUCAAGGUUCUAGAAAGGAAUGGUAGCCUGAUAAAUGAGCAGAUUCAAGCUCAAAACACAAACUGUCAACUGGAUAGGGACCAAGGGAAGGAGCACACUGAAAGCUUGAUUGCUGCCAUCAACAAGCUCACAGAAGCGGUGGUAAAAAUUGCCAAUAAGUUACAAGUUAAAAAAUAAAACCAAGAACGCAGCAAUCUAGCUUCCUGCAAUAUGACAAAGUAUGCAGGAAAUAGGUUUCAGCUUGGCUUUCCUUUUCUUACCACACAAUGGCCCAGACCCAGAACUAGAAGAGGCCCCUCUUUGCCUUUUGGAUUUACAACUGAAAUAAGGAAGAAAGAACAGACAAUUUA